GAAAAAACCGGAUGUUAGUUGUUGACGUAAUCAGGCGUCGUUUUCAAACGGAUGUUGUCCUGGUUCUGUGGCAGAGUUGCUUAACGGCAUCCCUGUUUACAGAAACAGUUUUCCUCCAACCGUCCUCUUUGCUGUUAUUGAUUAUUCUUAACAAGGAAACAUCUUGAGUUCAGAACAUUGACGAUUUAUGGACAUUCUGGACAACCUUGCAUUCUCAGAAGAAGAAAUCCAAGAGCAACUGUCUGUCCUUGGCUACAAAAACAUACCAAAGCACAGGCUGCUUGAAUUUAAGCAAGAUCUUGAUGCACUGAUAGGAUGUGAAGAGUGGAAAAGCAUGAUGAUAGCAACUCAGGACAACACCAAAUCCCAGACAGGCUCAUCUCAGCCAAAUCCUCCUCCCUAUACCACAGAAAAGGUAAUUCAUGUUAAAGACUCAAGCAAAAGAAUUUCCUUACAUGCAGGGAAAAGAAACGAUGGAAGACAGCCGGCCUCCACUCAUGAGGACAGAACCAUUAGACGGCAGCAGGAACGCUGUGACUCGUACGCUAAGCACUCUGUGGCCCUGAAGAUCCAGCUCCCACCAGGUUCUCAUGGCAGACCGCAGGUGGAAGCAGAUCUGGAGGAAACUCUGUCUGACAGCGUUACCCCUCCCCCGGAUACGCCGAAGAGAUGCCUCAUUAAAAGAAAAGUCCUGAGGAAACAUGAAGGACAGUCUGUAGUCUGCGAUGAAUCGUUCUACAGCGAAGACUCAGAGACGGCGAGUCAUCUGGACGAGCGACUGGCUGAGUUUCGUUUAUCCACGUCAGCUCAGCGGGACUUUGAGGAAGAGGAUGAGGCGAUCAGCGCCCACGGCUCCGAGACUGACGCCGUGUCUUUAAGUGCCUUUGAGUCCUACAUGAGAGGCAUGACUCGGUCUCAGAACGACGGGGAUCUCAGACCGAAAUCCAAAUCCUUCAUCCGACCAGCGAUGAGGCAGCAGACCAUAAAGAAAACGGAUACAGUGGCCAGGUAUUUUCAGUACAAGCAGAUCUGGGAGAAGUUCAAACCUCCUGGAGAGAAGGACAGGAGAGCUCUCCGCUCGGAGAUUAAGGCAAGAAAACACAUUUGCCUUAGUGAUCGUGCUGGCGUGUGAAUACGUACGAUGGACCAGUCCAUUCAAGACGAUAAAAACAUUUCAUACAAUCUUACAGCCCUAAAACGAACCUGAGGCCAGUGCAGUGAUGAUGGUGUGCUCAUGCUUUCUGGCUCCAGUCAGCUGGAGCCAACGUAGACUGGGCCAGGACACGCACAGCUACGAUAGUCCGACCAUGUGCUAAUAAAAGCAUGUUUUACGUUUCUUCGUGUCUUUGAAGGGCAGGUGAGGCUUCACCUUAAAUCCAGAAUGAUUGUUGAGACUGAAACACCAUGUUUCUGUAAUGUUGCCUUUCUGACUGUCCAGAUCUCGCCCACCUCCAUGAAGCUGCAGCGUGCUGAGGGUAACGUGCGGUAUGAACAUGUCGUUCAGUAAAAAGCUUUACAGACCGACAGCAUUUUCCCUCCAAGCAACCAUCAGGAGCUUUUCUGUGUUUCCCUCCACCUGACAGCGGCUCCUCCUCAGCUGCAGCCAUCUUUUUUUUCCUCUCAGCCUCUGAAACAAAGGAACUAGAGAAACAGUUAAAAACUGCCUGAGCUGCAGCUUUUGCUCCAUCUUAUGUAAUUAUCUGGAGUCCAUGACAGCAGCUGUUUUACAUGCUACCGUGAGCUUGGCUCAAUGAUCAGAAUUCUAAGACAUGAUCUGAGGUAAAAACGAAGCUUCGCUCGGUUAAAUGUGUGGUCCUGAUUCAGACAUGAAUCAUCUGACCUGAACAGGUGAUGAAAACAUUGAUGUAACAUGUGUCUGAAACAUGCUUUCUGUCUUCUUUCU